AUGAAACUUUCCCAGAAUAAGACUGCCUUGAUCUCAUCUGGCGCCGUGCUUCUCGCAUCGGUGCCAGGUGUUGCGGCGGCUGGCUGUCCACUCCCAUCGACAUACAGUUGGUCAUCGACUGGUGCACUGGCAACCCCCAAGUCAGGAUGGGCUGCAAUCAAGGACUUCACGAGUGUGAUCUACAACAACCAACAUCUUGUCUAUGCCUCGACCGCCGAUACAUCGGGCAACUAUGGUUCGAUGAACUUCGGCCUUUUCUCAGACUGGUCCGGCAUGGCUUCGGCCAGUCAGAAUGCAAUGUCCAGUGGGACGGUUGCGCCCACACUCUUCUACUUCGCGCCAAAGGACACCUGGAUCUUGGCCUACCAGUGGGGCCCGACUGCAUUCUCCUACAAGACAUCCAGUGAUCCCAGCAAUGCCAAUGGGUGGUCCUCAGCGCAGCCCCUGUUCUCUGGAACCAUCUCUGACUCGAGCACUGGAUGCAUCGACCAGACUCUCAUCGGCGACGAUUCAAACAUGUAUCUGUUCUUCGCUGGCGACAACGGCAAGAUUUACCGAGCCAGCAUGCCGAUUGGCAAUUUCCCAGGCGACUUCGGUACGCAAUCGGAGGUGAUCAUGAGUGACAGCACCAACAACCUGUUCGAGGCAGUGCAGGUGUAUACCGUUGCGGGCCAGAACAAGUAUUUGAUGAUUGUCGAGGCCAUCGGCGCGAAUGGCCGGUACUUCCGUUCAUUCACAUCUGACAGCCUAGAUGGUUCGUGGACGGUGCAGGCAGGAAGUGAGAGCCAGCCGUUCGCUGGAAAGGCCAACAGUGGCGCCAACUGGACCAACGAUAUCAGCCACGGCGAUUUGAUCCGUUCCAACCCCGAUCAAACCAUGACCAUUGAUGCGUGCAAUCUGCAGUUACUCUACCAAGGAAAGAACCCCAAUGCUGGCGGUGACUACAACUCCUUGCCUUGGGUUCCCGGUGUGCUGACACUGAACUGA